AUGCGCUCGACGUUUGGCAGUUCUAGCCGCGACUGGCUGCAGGAUGCUCAUGGUGGCCGAUCGAUGCCGGCCACGGCUCCAGAGGAGGUGGCAUUACCGAUUGCCGGGCCAGAGCCACGCUAUCGCGCAAAGCGUGCACCAAGGUGUCUGCAGCCCACGGUUGGCAAGGAGGCCCUGACCCCUGCCGAGCUGCGCUCGCGUCCUGGGGCACGGGGGCGGCAGCUGCCAUUCUGGCACAGCAGCGCCUGGUCCGGAACCUUGCGAGAGCCUGGCGGCCGCAGCGGCCCCACACUCCACGAGGUGCCAAGACAGAAAUGCGUCGACCCGCAGGACUCUCCUAGGAGCAGGCAUCCCUUCAUCUUUGCCGAAGCCAAGGCAGCGGACGCUAUGGAGCAGGUGAAGACCCUUCGGCUUCAGGCACCGAGCAGUCAUUCCAGCAGUAGCAGCAGCAACACCGACAGGGGAGUUCAGUUCCACAGCAAGGAUCGCCUGGCAAAAUCUUGCCUAAAGCCGUGGCGCUCGCCACUUGAAGCCUUGAUCGGCAAGAGUUUCGUCUUCCCUUCGGGACGGCGCGGCAGCCGCCUCUCCGACCUCAUGGCCAGCACCCACAAGGGAAGCAAGGCCAAUGCAGAGGUGCAGCCAGCUGUGGCGUCGGACCAGGCAGACCACGAGGCCACCUCCCACACAGCCUGGGAAGCUAUCAAGAAGACCCAUGGCUUCGUGAUGUUGUGCCAGCAGCGGCUGUAA